ACUCACUUGCGCCGGUGUCACUGCGGUGCUCACAGGAGCCACGACUUCCCCACUCGCCUGCCACCGCCCACAAGCAACAAGUCGUCGCUCCUCACAACACUCACCCGCCCCGCCCCGCCCCGCCGUCCUCUACGCACGACUGAUCGUGUCUCCAACGUUCCUGAACAAGAACAACAACGGCAGAGAAAAGAGGAACAGUAACAGGAAAGCAAAUACUAACAGAGGCGAAAAUAAUAUAACAAAGGCACGGUAAUAGUGAUAAAGGAGCAGGAAAAGGAGAAAAGGAGGAGGAAGAGGCAUAUCAUAGGAGUAGGGAGAGCAAAAAGUGUAGAAACAGAAACAUAGAACCCCAAACCACAAAACAGAGGACAGAAACAGUAAAGUAAAAGCAGGAAAAGCAUAGAUUAAGGAACAGUGGUAGCGUGAAGUAAGAGCAAGACCAAGAGAAGAAGGUACACAAGCAUAAGCAUCAUGCCGCGAGCCCGCUGUAGUGACGAGCUCUCCGCCAUACACUCUACAGCCACACGCAAGGACGACAGACCCGCCUCACCCAUAACCAUCAUGGAUUCCGACGAGUAUAGGAAGAGAGGUAAGGAGAUGGUGGACUACAUAGCAGACUACUUGGACAACAUCCGGGAACGGCGUGUGUUUCCUGACGUGAAUCCGGGCUACAUGAGAGACCUAGUGCCUGACGCCGCCCCCGACUACCCUGAGCCCUGGGACAACAUCUUCAACGACAUCGAGCGGGUCGUCAUGCCAGGGGUGACACACUGGCAGUCGCCGUACAUGCACGCUUACUUCCCAGCACUGAACUCAUACCCAUCGUUGCUGGGGGACAUGCUAGCCGACGCUAUCAAUUGUCUCGGCUUUACUUGGGCGUCCUCCCCGGCCUGCACGGAGCUGGAGACUGUAGUGAUGGACUGGCUGGGCAAGAUGAUAGGACUCCCAGAGCAGUUCCUACACUCCUCCAAAGACUCACCUGGAGGUGGAGUAAUACAGACCACAGCAUCAGAGGCGACGUUUGUGUGUCUGCUGGCGGCACGGACAGAAGCAAUCCAGAGGUAUCAACAGGAAUACCCGGACCUGGAGGACGCCGAGAUUAACUCGCGACUUGUGGCUUACUGCUCCGACCAGGCACACUCGUCGGUGGAGAAGGCCGGCUUGAUCGGGUUGGUGAAGAUGCGUUACAUUGAAAGCGACGACAACCUGAGCAUGAGAGGCGACAAGGUGGUGGAGGCCAUCCACAAUGACAGGGAGAAGGGCCUUAUACCUUUUUUUCUAUGCGCCACACUAGGCACUACUGGUUCUUGCUCGUUCGACCACCUAAAGGAGCUGGGGCCCAUUUGUGAGCAGGAGAAAUUGUGGAUGCAUGUAGAUGCAGCUUACGCUGGUACAGCCUUCAUCUGCCCAGAAUUCCGGUAUCUGAUGAACGGCAUCGAAUACGCUCACUCCCUCGCCUUCAACCCUUCCAAGUGGAUGAUGGUCCACUUCGAUUGUACAGCUAUGUGGGUGAGAAACAGUGGCUCCCUCCAUCGCACUUUUAACGUGGACCCCAUCUACCUACAACAUGAGAAUACUGGUCUUGCUAUUGAUUACAUGCACUGGCAGAUUGGCCUCAGUAAGCGGUUUCGGGCACUUAAGCUGUGGUUCGUGAUCCGCAGCUAUGGUGUCAUCGGGUUACAGAAGCACAUCCGCGAGGGAGUGAGGAUGGCCCAGAAGUUUGAGGCAUUCGUUAAGUCUGAUCCGAGAUUCGAAAUCCCUGCGGCGCGAUACCUGGGGAUGGUGGUAUUCAGACUCAAAGGUGACAAUGAACUAACAGAGAAGCUGCUCAAGAGGCUGAAUUCGACAGGCAAACUACACUGUGUUCCCGCGUGUCUCAAAGGAAAAUACGUCAUAAGGUUCACAGUGACUUCAACCCACACGACCGUGGACGACCUAUCGAGGGACUGGGGAAUCAUUCGGGCAGUUGCCAGUCAAGCGCUCUCCAAGACCCCUGCCGAGGAACACAAAGCCAAAGUUUUCCUUAAAGACACUAGGAAGAACCCAGACUUUGGCACCUCACUUCUCCUGGCCAAUUCACCCAUGUCGCCGAAGAUUGUGAACGGUUCCUUCGCUGCCAUCUUCGACAAUAAUGACGUUCUCUUCGAGUUCGCCAAGAAAUUCCAACAACUGAAGUUGGACGUACAAGACUCCCCAGGUAAAGCCGUGAAACGAAGGAUAAAGGGCAUGUUGAUGGCGGGAAAGCAGUACUCGCUUGACUCCCGUAUGGACCUGGUCACUACCCUGGUGCACUCCGCUAAGCCUACCUCGACGGACAACAUGCCUACCAUGAUGGAGGACAGUGUUGAGGGCCGCGACUACCAUGACACAGGUGUUCAGACAGAAAAUGGGCACAGUCCAUCCCACGGUCGCUCCAAAAGUGUGGACGAAAUCAUCACUACACCCGACCUCAAGAACCUCCACCUGGACGAGGCCAUUGACGAAGGUGAGGGUGAAACAUCCUCCCCAGAGGCUGAGACCAACCAGCCAUCUAAGGCCAUGAACGGCAAGAUGCAUUACCACUUGUGUCACAAAUGUGGAUCUACAGUCACUGAACAGUAAUA